AUGGAAAUACCAGUGGUAGCAGGCAUCGCGUUGGCCGACGUCGUCCUGACUGUCGUGAUAGUGGUGCUGACGUACCAGUGUGCCGUCCACCGACAGCGCAAGACACAGAAUGACUGUGAGUCCUGCUACCUGCUGACGCUGAGCUCCGUCAUCGCCGUCAUCGCCGCUGACAUCUUUCUCACCGUCCUCAUCGGUGUGUUUGUGCUCUACUCCGGGGCCCUGCUGAAGCGACGACGCGAUGCGGACUCUCAGAAUGCAGGAAACAGGUCAUCGAAGAAAGCCCCAGCAGAAGACACAGAAUCUCCGUACCAGGAGUUACAGGGAGUCCAGGCGGACGUUUACAGUGAGCUGCAGCGCUGA